AUGGGUGAGAGAGGUGGCACCACCACAAGGCUCCUCCAGACUGCGGCGGCGGAGGACGGUGGUGACUCAAAAAGGAAGAGUAGUGAGAGACCAAGAGAGCCUUGGAAAGGUGAAUAUGUAAAGAGCAUAGUUUUUGCAGGGCUUGAUGCCAUUAUCACUUGCUUUUCUCUCAUUUCUUCCAUCAAUGCUAGCACUAGAUCCUCAGGGCAUGUGCUGGUUCUGGGGUUCUCAAACCUGGUGGCAGAUGCAAUAUCGAUGGGGUUUGGGGACUUUGUGUCUGCUAGCUCUGAGCAGGAAGUGAUCAUUGAGGAAAGGAGAGUGACAGAAUGGGAUGUCAUCAACCAAAGGAGCAAAGAGCAAUCAGAGUUAGCCAAACACUAUCAAGCUCUUGGGAUGGACUGCAAUGAUGCAACCAUGGUUGUGAACAUAUUCACAAAGUACAAAGACAUCCUGGUGGAUCAGAGAAUGAUGGCAGACAAGGGAGUGUUGCCUGCAGACCAAGAAGUGAAGCCCUGGAAGAAUGGCCUUGUGACCUUUGCAUCCUUCAUGCUCUUCGGCUCAGCUCCUUUGCUCUCUUUCAUCGUCCUAAUACCAUUCACUGACAGUGACUCUAUCAAAUUUGUUGGUGCUUGCCUUGUUUCUGCACUUGCCCUUGCUCUUCUUGGGGUGGCAAAGGCAAGGAUUGCUGGCCAAAACAUCAUCUUCUCUGUGUCUGUCACACUUUUAAGUGGUGCCACAGCUGCAGCUUCUGCUUAUUUAGUAGGAUGGUUGCUUAAGCAUAUAGCAGGAUUAGAGAGUUGA